GCUACAUAUUCCGUGGUACAUGUACAUAGUUUCCACGUUUCUAAAUGUCAUUUCCAGACAUACGGACAGCAUUUAUAGUUAGAACUUGGAGGGCAAAGUGGACGGAGGCAGGGCAACAUCGAACACGGAAACGAGCCUGCAGCAGGGCAAGCAUCGUGUUGGUUUCGUCGGUGGCGGUGUCGCGGUGGAAAGGGUAAUGGUGGUAUUGAUUGCAACGGAACUUGACCGCGCAAACUCUCUGUCUGCCCUCAAUGAAAUGACGUGCUUACAUAUGGAACGACGACGGACGGGACGACGAUAAAAACCUGUGGAUACCACACCUGGCCGACACCUGCCAGUUGAAACGGUGAUGAUGACAUCGACCCUCUGCACCUGUACAUGGCUGCUGCUACCCUGCUGCGUUCUCAUCACCCUCUCCACUGGUGAACUCAAUUUUUAUCGAGAUGAACUCGCUCUCAGGCAAUUGAUGAAGUACCUCGAGGGGCAGAGGUCCCAUUUUCUCUCGCUGUUGGCGAACCAAGCUCGUAAAAAGCAUCGCCUGGACCUGGAUCGCCAAAAGGAGAGGGAUCUUCUCGAGGCUCUGAUCAGCAAAGGCAGCUUGGCCGAGACCCUGAAGAAAGGGAAACCGAAAGGAUGGAAUUAUCGGCAGACCCGGUACAACGAGCCGAUCAACGAAUCACCGCGCGAGAGGCAGCGUUAUUUUUGGGAGUAUUCGAGCUUUAAGUUGCCUUACUUCACCCGCGAGAUGAACGAGGAUGAUGGGACGAACUUCCAGGACGAUGGGGACUACGGGUACGAUCAGAAUCUACCAUUGAAACACUUGUCUUACGACGAGGUCAACUUCGACAGAGGAAUGAAGGAGGAAGAGCCGCUGGAAUUUCGCGGAAGUUACGGCGGAUUGAUGAACGAGGACGACAAAAGCGACGUGCAGACGCAAAAGCUGCAAACGACCACUCCGUAUUUUAGAUUCGACUCGAAUUUGUACGAGAGACGUCCGUUCGCGGUGAAGCCCAAUGAUCCCAGAUAUUAUCAGGACGGCCCUUUUUUCGUAGAUGACGAAGGCAACUCGGAUUUGGAGGAAUCGACGAUAAAUAGUACAAAGCGGGAGGAAGAGGAUACAAUGAUAGGGAAAGUGCACGUGGCGCAAGAGGAAAAUCCGAGGGACAUGGACUCGAAGUUCAAGGACACUUCGGUGAUUCUGAUACCAGAAUUGGAACGACGCACGGAGUACAAUCCAAUGUUUGUGCCUGUGAACCAGGAUUUGAAUAACGAUAUAUACUUCAUUGCUGUCGUUGCUGGUUGCAGCGCCGCAGCAAUGUUCGCCCUCGUGUUGAUCGCUUUGACAUGGUGCAGGUUAAAGCGAGGCGCCAAAGCGGCUGCUGACAUAGAGUAUCCAGCUUACGGUGUGACUGGUCCAAAUAAAGAGGUAUCACCUUCGGGAGACCAAAGACUCGCGCAGUCUGCUCAAAUGUAUCAUUUCCAACACCAGAAACAACAAAUUAUCGCCAUGGAAAAUCGUGUUUCUGCAACCAGAGAUCCAGGCUCUGUAUCUGAAGCAGAAAGCGAGGAAGAAAACGAGGAAGGGGACUACACCGUUUAUGAAUGUCCAGGAUUAGCUGCUACUGGUGAAAUGGAGGUGAAGAACCCGUUGUUUCAUGAUGAUCCAACACCGGCAACACCAGCACAAACUAACAAAGAAGAGGACCAUAUAUAGUUUGAGUAAAUUCUAAAAUAUAUUUGAUUUGAAUACCUAUUCUGGUGCUUAGCUCACUGUUAAUGUACCAUAUCGGAAACAUUUAUCUAUAUAUCGAAAUGUACACGACUUUAAUAUUUAUAUGACGCGGGAAGUCAAGAUAGAAAGUUAACUAAAGAGAGGUCUGGUUACGAGACCAUUUUUUGCGUUUUGUGCAAGGGUUUACCACAUGAAACGAUGAACAUUCCACGUCGUUAAAAACUAUCGUGUUUGUUUGAAAACACAUAUUUUUUAACUCCAUGAUGUACUAUAGUUUGUACUUUCAUAGCAAGUACGGUUAGCCAUAUGAUUGACAUUAUUUUUCUACUCACCGUUACACUUGCAACAUAGAGUACAGAUUGGAGGUCAUAUUAUAACUAUAACAUCUAAUAUCACUUUAUACCUGAUUCUAAUUUUUAAAUAUAGAAAUAACGUUUGUUGCAUGUUCUCAGCAAAUUUUCCUUUCUCUGUAUUAAUCGAAGAAACUCAUUGGUUUCACUAUGAUUUUUAAAGUGCCGACAACACUUUAGAUCGGAGCUUUGGUUUAGCUUGCAAAAUUAUCAUGCUGUGCUUACUAAUUUACAGCUUACAGCUGUAACUUUAUGAAUUCAUAUUAUAAAAAUAUACAUGUAUGUACAACUACAUUAAGUUUGAUAUUUUCUUAAGAAAAGGGAAUAUUUCAAAUCAAGGUGAUUGGAAGAAUUUGACAUGCUAUAGCAAAUGAAAGAAAGUUUAUUUUUCAUAUAAUCCACGACUUGAUGUGUACAAAUAACACCAUAAAACUGUAAUUUGUGUUAACAUGGAACCAGAUCUGUUUAGCAGAUCUUGCGUGCGCGUAUCAAAUGACAAAGAUGAUAAAAUCCACUUCCGUUUUGCAUGUGUUGUUGCUUUCGAUUACAUUACUGCUGUGAUUUAUAUUAUCUAAAUGAAAAUUCUGUAUAUAUAUAUUAUAUAUUUGUUACAGAGAAAACUGUUCCUUUAAUAUUGGCUAUUAUGCAGUGCGACAUAUAUACAUAUAUAGUAUAUAUAAUUUAUUGGCUUGAAACAAUGAUAAUACGUAUUUUAUUUUUCUAUGAUACCUAUGAUACCUGUUGAUCUUGAGACAGUUUUAAGACAAAAGAGCCUAUUAUUGUACCCAACGUGAGAUAUAAAAAAAAAAGAAGAAAAAAAGAAUGACUAUUUAUUUUGGCAAAUUUUAAGCACUACAUGUAAUUAGCGUCAACUAUUUACUCUCAGAGUUACUAUUUACAUUCCCCCCCCCCCCUCCCCUUGAAUAUCUAUGGAAUACUAUGUAUAAUAACAAUAUAUUAUGACAAAAGACGAAACAUCUCCUAAAGACUCGUCUGUUUAACAAUCGGUCGUAGAUCGAAAAUUGAGACACAACAGCAUGAAUUUAUUGUUAGCCUUUCAAUGCCUUUACAGCACUGCAUCGUCGACUAUAUAAAUUCGUUAAAUUUUAUAGAAAGGACACUAUGAAAGGACAAUCUGUGUACAAAUAGACUAUUGUAUAGUGAUUUGUAGCAUGAUUGUAUGUGUUGUGAGCUGUAGCGUAGGUGCAAUGAAAACAUUGCGAUUUCAUGUUCGCGAUACGUUUCGUACAUAUAUAUAUAUAUAUACAUAUAUAUAUAUAUCGUUAUCAUUAUUAUUUUUGUUCUUCCAUUAAUUAAAAAGAUGGUGUAAAAUACAAAUAAUAAAUGAUGUAUUAUUAUUUUACUAAAUAAAUUGUUUAUUUUA